AUGAAGACGCAGCUGGGGGUUGAUAGGGUGGGUGUUGUGGCCACUAUGCAUAGGAUUCUGGGAUUGCUCUGCUACUUAGUGGAGGCUCCACCGAGUAAAAGCACACCACAACGACCACAGAUUCUACAAGUUAAUGGAAAGAAAUUGCAUAGGUUACUGAGUUCUAGUAAGGAGACUUUUUCUCUUUUAAAGAUGGCACUGGGGUCAGAUGCAGUGGGUGGCCGGGUGCCAGUCGAUGUCGACCAGGAGACAGGAACACGCUAGCCAAAAGCGUUUAGCAUGCGCUGACCCCCCACAUAUUAUUUACCAGAGCUAAACAUGCUAAGGAAGCAGUCCUUAAAGAUCCACACCAUCAAGUCUUACAGAGAAUGUCAAACUCUAAUGACCCUUGCGAGAAGAGCUGUGCUCCUUCCUCACAUGACUUUUGAACUUUAGUUUAUUGGAGAAGAGAUUCCAUAAGAGUGUGAUGAACAGCAGUUUUUUUUACAGCGAAAGAGUACCAGUUUAUUUUGUGAGCUCAGCAAGUUUAGCUGUGAAUCCAGUCAACAGGUGAUAAGCUCUGCCACUGGGGGCACUGUCUCACCCCCUAUUAAUAAUCGUUUCCGUUGUCCUCAGAAGAUCUGUGGGGAACACAACCUGCUACCUCGGUGA